AUGAGACUACUGGUAACGAGUCUCCUCUUCAUGCUGCUGGCAGUUGGCAGGACGAUGGCAGCACCACCAAAGUCGCCCACUAGCCACGUGAUGCAACGUUCCGAGCAGACUGAGCGUGGUUUCAUCAAGAGCUGCUACGACGUGCGCUUCUUCAAUCCCAGGGUCAUCAACUUCAAAAAAUAUAAGAAGACGUCGCCGUAUGUGGUGGCCAGAUGCCUCACACCGGACGCGGACAAAUGUUCGUGGAUGCCACCGUUCGCGUGCUUCGCGAACACUGACGGCGCAAUCACGUACGCAAGAGACGGGUUUUUCGACAAGUCUUGCUCGGCGUGCGAGUACCGGGCCGCGUUGGGCAAGAUGAAGUGCAGAUGCGAUAGUGAGUGGGGGGUGGUCGACGCCGUAGUCAAGAUUGGUAAGGAUGCCUGCCUGCCUGCAACUGUCGAUAACCAUAGACACAAGACGCCACCCCGGCUAACAGAUAGACCGGCAGAGGAUUACCUAUGGGUUGAGCAAGGUAGUCUCAUGUGUCAUGACUACACUGCCUUUCCGAUACCAUGUGCGGAGGAGGAGAUGACGAAGAUACGGUUCAUGACAGGUCAGGUCUAA